AUGGCCCAGUGGUUCGUCCCAGUGCUACUGCUGGCAACACUGCUGGUAACGUCUGAGUGUGUUUCCAAGAAGCGUGAGAAUCAGUACGAGAUCAACGUGCGGCAUGGUCCGUUCGAGAUUCACCAGCGGCACGUGAACACGAAGCCGUUCAAGCGAACCAACCCGAACGAUGAGGGCGCCAUGGAUCAGCUGGGCUACCGGAAGGAGGCGUCCCUGUCGGAAGAGGUUGUCACGGAGCAGCAGCCGAAGAAGGAACCACCGCGAAAGCACGCUGAUAACAGCGGUUCCAAGGGGUCAAAAGUGAGGGGAGCCAGUGUCUACAGGGGUCAGAAGAAGGCGCGUCAUAGUUGGGGUUAUACGGCCAAUUACGGGCAAAGUGAGUUCGUAACUACGACGAAGCGACCUCAGUCGUUCUCAAAGUACGGACAACGGAAGAAGAAAACUCGACGACCUCAUCACAGUGUCAAUUUGGAAGACGACGAUGUCGAGUUCAAAACGUUGCUGUCCUCGGAACGAACCCAGAUGGAAGAGCUUGCCGAAAAGGAGCUGAUGGCCGGAAUGAAGAACUUCCCGUUUGAAAAGCACAUCUUUCCGGACGAUCAGUUCAAAGCUCAAAAACAUCAUAAGAAUCACAACAUGGAUGAGAACUACUUUCAGCGGACAACAAAGGCUCCUCCGGAAUCCAGGUACGUAACGCCAACAGUGCUGCACAACCCUCAGCUGCGAGUUCCGUCCGGCAAGGAGAAGAAAGGUCCGGUAAAGUUUCCAGCAGCUGCCAAGACCACCCAAAAACCAACCAUCCCACCACCGGUUAUGACAACCCAAAAGCCAAGAAAGUUCCGGCUUCCAUCUUCAAAAGAAAGCGAAGAAAAAGACGACAAAGACGAAAUCUACCUGCUGGUAAAGUACGAGAAGCCCAAACCAGGCGGCAAGGCAAAGGCCAACAUUCUGCAGAUCAAUGACAGUGAUAACGAGCUCGCGAAAUCUGCGGCCAAUCGGGGUCGGACUCGAUACACGUCCGACAAAGUCGGAUCUUCUUCGUCGGAACUCGACGACACGCUACGGAGCGUGAAGCAGAACAGUGUAGAGGUGUCGACACCAAGCUAUUCAGUGAGUGAGAAUUUGGAGAGUGGUGAGCGGGUGAAUCAGGCUCCGACGCCGCAGCCGCUGCUGGGAACUACGGCGGGUCAGGGAGUUCCGAAUACUGGCAGUGGUAACAUUGGACCUAAUCAGAGCGGAGUUGCGCCCGGAUUCCCGGUGCAGCAGGAUCGUCUAGCUCAAAAGUAUUUGCAGCUGCAACAGAAUCAACAGAACCAACAGCUUUCGACGACGCAGAGCAGUCCUGUACAACAGAAUGUACAGAUCAUUCAGGAAGCUGUAACUCCUGCGAGUCCUCAACCAGUUGGUCCUACGCACGCUACUCCAACGAAUCCGUGGGCUCAAAAUACACCACCAACUCUAAACCAAAACUUCCCGAGCCAGCCCAACCUGCAAAGCGUCUGGAGUCAGAACCAGCAGAGCUUCCAGAACAUCCAGAAUCAGCUCAACCAGCAGAAUCUCCAAAACCAGAACCUGUUUUUUCAGACCCUCCAGAACCAGCAGACCAACCUCAUCAACCGGAAUCGAAUGGCUGAGGCGCUUGCUAGGCAAACUAGGCCAACUCAACCCUUUUUCAACCAACCUAACCUUCCAGCCUUUCCCAACUUCCCGAGCGCGCCAUCCUAUCCAAGCCAAAAUCUGGAUUUUACCGGACCGAUGGCUAAUCCGAUGAUACCGCCACUGAACCAACCAAUGUACCCCCAGACGUACUUCAACCAACCGGGUCCGGCAUUCCCUCACAACUCACUAAACCAGCAUGUCUUCCUCGGUCAAAGCCACAACUACAUGAACUCGCCACAACACCUGUUCACGCGAAGUCUGAUGAACUCGCUGAGCUCGGCAAACCAUCUGAACCCGCAGGCCUUCCUCAACCAGCUGGGUCACUCGUGGAACAAACCGGAAGGGCUUCACAAGCCGCUUAACUUCCAAAGUUUGAGUCAAGAUUUUGACAAUCUGAUUGCCAAAACUAAAGAGUCUCAAAACAACAAGAAUGCUAACCAACUCAACGCGAACAGUGAUCAACCAUCAAACCCACAAACCUUUUUCGAGCAGAAUCAAGCAACAACCCAACCUCCACCGCGCAGCUUCCAGAGCUUCGACUUUGUGAACCAGAAUAAGGUUUCGAACAAUGAGCGGGGAAAUGUGCGAUUCAACCAAGAGAAUGCCCAAAAUCAGAACCAGCAGUCAAGACCGCAAACGUUCUUCAAGCAGGAUGACGAGCAAAACAGUCAGAACAAUCAGAAUGAAUCCCCCAACUUUGGCAAUCGAAACAUCGAACUGAACGCUGCAAACGCUCAAGCAAGUCCGGACAACGCUCAGCGGCAAAGCCAGCAGGACCAAACCGGUCCCCAGCUCUUCCCAACCGAUUCGCAAAACACCCAGAACUCCCAAACCUCAAUCAAUCAACAGUCCCAGGAGGAGCAAAGCAGCGCCCCGAGCCUUCCGCCCACCUUCCUCAUCCCGGACCACAUCCGGAAGAUUCCGCCGAACCAGGGCAUGCAGCAGACGGUGCACCAGCCGGACGGGCUGAUGGUGCAGCACAACGCGAUCCGCAUCCAGCAUCAAACCCAGCAGCAGCAGCAAGCGCAACCGGAAGCGACUCCGGAGCUGAAGCUCGCCGACCAGGGCGAUACACGGGUGCAGCUGGAUCGCAGCGCCAAGGGUUCGGUGGAGGAACCGGCGGGGAACUCGCUCCAGCAGGAUUCGCGCUCGAGCGAGCAGCGGGAGUACGGGGGAAGUUCGGGAUUGAGGGACAGUUACGGGGACGUUGUUGGGGAGGAGUUUGCGGAUUUUGGUGAAGGGGCGAGGAGGCCGGACACGAAGAGUGCGGAGGAGGAAGAGGAUGCGUCGCUGGAGGAGUUGAGUGAGACGACGGAUCCGUUGGAGUUGAGUCGGAUGUUGGUGCACAGGAAUGGCGGGCUGACGGUGGAGCAGUUCAAUAAGCUGUUUAGGGACUAUUUUGACAAGGAUUUGACUGAGAGUGAUGUGCAGAACUUGGAAGAGGAGACUGGGACUAGUGGACGAUCGGCAGGGGUUGACGGGAACGAGCUGACUCCUGCUUCGGGAAGCAGUGGAUCGGUGGAGGUGGGAGGGGAGGUUGAAGAAGAUCUUCCGGGGUCGUUUGAAGCGGACGAUCAAGAGCAGAACAUCCGAGUGCAAAUCAACAAGGCAGGAGUUCGUCACGAGCCGAUCGUGAAGAUUGGCUACGGGAGCUCCAAGUCGCACCAGGGGGUGUACAAGUCGCCCAAGUUCUUUGAAAAGCUCAAAGAGUCCAGCGUGGAGGACGAUUGGGCACCGCCGGAGCAUCUGCAGGAGAUUGCACCGAGUGGAGAGCAGGACGGGGGAGAGUAUGAGCAGCAGGAGCAGAGUGUUUCCGGGGAACCGGAACAGCAGCAGCAGCAGGGAAAUAGUGUAAGCGAAAACCCUACCAACAGUGGCCAUCAAGGAGGACUAAGUUAUAUUAAGUUCGAAAAGUUUAACUAGAAGUACAUAUGCGGAAGAUAUCAGACUGAAAGCUAGCGCGUAGCAUUGUUGAAAUAGUGUUAGUUGCAGUUGUUAUUUGUCAAUAAAUCGAAUGUUGUUCAC